AUGAAGGGCUGCAAAGGCAUCAGGAACCCGGCUUUCGUCGCCUCCAGUCCAGACAGCCCGCGCCGUUUGUGUCCAUUGCCCUGUUCCGUCGAGGUCUCUGUCUUGUCCACCAAUCCGCUGAGAGAGGGCUCGCAGCCGCAGGAGCCUCAGGAGCCCCAGAAGUCCCCGGAGCCACCUCUUUCUUCAGUAACUCCUCCUGGCUCCCAGGAGCGGUCCGGGCCAGAGUCACUGUCAGAGUAUGAGGAGGGGCCCUGCGGGUGGGGCAACUUCCAACCCCAGUGUCUCCAGUGCUGCAACACGCCCCAGGGCUUUCUGUUUCACUACUGCCUUUUGGCCCUCACGCAAGGUAUGGUGGUAAAUGGCCUAGUAAAUAUUAGCAUUUCCACUAUUGAGAAGCGCUAUGAAUUGAAGAGUUCCCUGACAGGCUUGAUAUCAUCAAGCUAUGAUAUCGCAUUCUGUUUGUUGUCUUUAUUUGUAUCAUUCAUUGGUGAAAGAGGACACAAACCAAGAUGGCUUGCAUUUGCAUCCUUUAUGAUAGGAUUGGGAGCACUUGUAUAUUCAUUGCCAAAAUUUUUUAGUGGAAAAUACCAAUUUGGGUCCCUUUUUGAAGAUACAUGCUUAACAGCAAAGAAUAAAACCACCUGUACUGCUUCAAGUUCUUCACUUUUCUACUACUUGUAUGUCUUUAUUUUGGGACAACUAUUGCUGGGAACAGGAGGAACUCCUCUUUAUACCCUAGGAACAGCCUUUAUUGAUGAUUCUGUGCCCACCCACAAAUCUUCUCUCUAUAUAGGAAUUGGCUAUUCCAUGUCAAUUUUAGGCCCUGCUGUUGGCUAUGUGUUGGGAGGACAGUUGCUAACCGUGUACAUUGAUGCUGAUUUGGGACAAAGCAUUGAUAUCACUGAGGAUGAUCCACGAUGGCUGGGGGCAUGGUGGAUUGGAUUUCUCAUGUCUUGGCUCUUUGCCUGGUCUUUGAUAAUACCUUUUUCUUGCUUUCCAAAGCACUUACCAGGUACAGCAGAAAUUCAAGAUGGAAAAACUUCCCAGAUUCAUCAGAGUAAUUCUUUACAACAUACAGAUGGGAAUUUUGGACAAAGUUUUAAAGAUUUUCCAGCUGCUCUAAAGAAUUUGAUGAGGAAUACUGUCUUUAUGUGUUUAGUUCUAUCAACUUGCUCAGAAGCCUUAGUUACUACUGGAUUUGCUACAUUUUUACCUAAAUUUAUAGAAAAUCAGUUUGGAUUGUCUUCCAGCUCUGCAGCUACCCUUGCAGGGACUGUUUUAAUUCCGGGAGCUGCUCUUGGUCAGAUUUUAGGUGGUAUCCUUGUUUCGAAAUUCAAAAUGACGUGUAAAAACAUAAUGAAGUUUGCUUUGCUCAUGUCUAUAACUGCACUUACACUGACUUUUGUAUUUGUUUAUGCCAACUGUGAAAAUGAGCCAUUUGCAGGUGUAUCUGAAUCAUAUAAUGGGACAGGAGAACUGGGAAACUUGAUCGCUCCUUGUAAUGCCAAUUGUAACUGCCUGCGAUCAUAUUAUUAUCCUAUCUGUGGAGGAAAUGGAAUCCAAUAUUUUUCUCCCUGCUAUGCAGGUUGUACAAAUUCUGUUUCCAAAAGACAUCCAAAGGUAUAUUAUAACUGUUCAUGUAUUGAAAGAAAAACAGAAGUAACACCUACUCCAUCAAGUUUUAGUUUUGAAGCUCAAGCUGGGAAGUGUUCGAGUCAAUGUAAAAACUUGCCUGUAUUCCUUGGCAUUUUCUUUGCUGCAAUUGUUUUUACCUUCAUGGCUGGUACUCCUAUAACUGUGUCUAUCCUAAGGUGUGUUGAUCAAAAGCAGCGGUCUCUAGCAUUGGGAAUACAGUGUGUGUUGCUUCGAUUAUUAGGCACAAUACCUGGGCCUAUUAUAUUUGGCAUCACAAUAGACAGCACAUGUAUUCUCUGGGAUAUCAACGAAUGUGGAAUUAAAGGAGCUUGCUGGAUUUAUAAUAACAUCAAGAUGGCCUAUAUGCUAGUGGCCAUAAGUGUUACUUGUAAAAUUAUCACCGUUUUCUUCAAUGGGCUUGCAGUCUUUUUGUAUAAACCGCCACCAUUAGGCACGGAUGUGCCAUAUCAAAAUCAGAAUUCAGUUGUGACUACGGUUUCAUUAGAAUGUGAUCUCAGCAAAGCAGGGAAUGAUGGGUAAAACAGCAAAAAAGAAGAUUGAAAAUUGGCCUCCAUCUGUAAGAAUACACAUUGUCACUGCAGCAUUAA